GGGGCGGGAGGAGGAGCCGCAGGAGCCGCGCCGCCGCCGAGCUGCGAUGUGGCCGGCCAGCCGGCGUGUAAACACGGGGAGCAGCCGCGGCCGCCCCGGCCCCGGGCACUGAGCACGCCCGCCGAGACCUGCCCGCCGCUGCCAUGGCCGAAGUGCGCAAAUUCACCAAGCGGCUCAGCAAGCCGGGCACGGCGGCCGAGCUCCGGCAGAGCGUGUCGGAGGCCGUGCGGAGCUCGGUGGUGCUGGAAAAGACCAAAGUUGUUGAGCCCUUGGACUAUGAGAAUGUUAUCGCCCAAAGAAAAACUCAGAUUUACAGCGACCCGCUCCGAGACCUGCUUAUGUUUCCAAUGGAAGAUAUAUCUAUCUCCGUGAUCAGUCGUCAACGCCGAACAGUCCAGUCCACUGUACCAGAAGAUGGUGAGAAGAGGGCCCAGAGUUUGUUUGUCAAGGAGUGUAUUAAAACCUAUAGCACAGAUUGGCAUGUGGUGAACUACAAGUAUGAAGACUUCUCUGGAGACUUUCGAAUGCUGCCAUGCAAGUCUCUGCGACCAGAAAAGAUUCCCAAUCAUGUGUUUGAGAUUGAUGAGGACUGUGAGAAGGAUGAGGAUUCGUCAUCUUUAUGCUCUCAGAAGGGUGGUGUGAUCAAACAAGGCUGGUUGCAUAAAGCCAAUGUAAAUAGCACCAUCACAGUUACCAUGAAGGUGUUCAAGAGACGGUAUUUUUACUUAACUCAGCUUCCUGAUGGUUCGUAUAUUCUCAAUUCCUAUAAAGAUGAGAAAAAUUCAAAAGAAUCUAAAGGUUGCAUCUACUUGGAUGCUUGCAUCGAUGUUGUUCAGUGCCCCAAAAUGCGCCGUCAUGCUUUUGAACUCAAGAUGUUAGAUAAGUAUAGCCAUUAUCUGGCUGCUGAAACUGAGCAGGAAAUGGAGGAAUGGUUGAUAACUUUGAAAAAGAUUAUUCAGAUCAAUACCGACAGUUUAGUGCAAGAGAAAAAGGAGACGGUGGAAAUACCACAAGAUGAUGAAACUAGCAGCCAAGGAAAAGCCGAGAACAUCAUGGCCAGUUUGGAAAGGAGCAUGCAUCCGGAACUGAUGAAGUAUGGAAGAGAAACUGAACAACUAAACAAGCUCAGUAGAGGAGAUGGAAGACAGAAUCUCUUUUCUUUUGAUUCAGAAGUUCAGAGGUUGGACUUUUCAGGAAUUGAACCUGAUAUAAAGCCAUUUGAGGAAAAGUGCAAUAAACGUUUCUUGGUAAAUUGCCAUGAUUUAAUGUUCAAUAUCUUGGGUCAAGUUGGAGACAAUGCAAAAGGACCACCCACAAACGUUGAACCCUUUUUUAUUAAUCUUGCCUUGUUUGAUGUGAAGAACAACUGUAAGAUUUCAGCUGACUUCCAUGUAGACUUGAAUCCCCCAUCUGUCCGUGAAAUGCUGUGGGGCCCUUCAAGCCAACCAGCGACUGAUGGCACCCCAAGAGGUUCUUCACCUGAGUCUUUCAUUCACGGAAUUGCUGAAUCUCAGUUACGCUACAUAAAGCAGGGAAUUUUCUCAGUGACGAAUCCACAUCCUGAAAUUUUCCUGGUUGCGAGAAUUGAAAAGGUUCUCCAAGGAAACAUCACACACUGUGCGGAACCCUACAUCAAAAAUUCUGACCCGGCAAAGACGGCCCAGAAAGUGCACAGGACAGCUAAGCAAGUGUGUAGCCGCCUUGGACAAUACAGAAUGCCCUUUGCUUGGGCUGCCAGGCCCAUUUUCAAAGAUAUUCAAGGCUCUCUGGACCUGGAUGGGAGAUUUUCUCCUUUGUAUAAACAAGAUAGUAGCAAGCUUUCCAAUGAAGACAUUCUCAAGUUGCUCUCGGAAUACAAGAAGCCAGAGAAGACCAAAUUGCAGAUUAUUCCUGGGCAGCUAAACAUCACAGUAGAAUGUGUUCCUGUGGAUUUUUCAAAUUGUAUUACUUCUUCAUAUGUGCCUCUGAAGCCCUUUGAAAAGAAUUGUCAAAAUAUUACUGUGGAAGUUGAAGAGUUUGUUCCAGAAAUGACAAAAUAUUGUUACCCAUUUACCAUUUACAAAAACCAUCUAUAUGUAUAUCCCUUGCAAUUAAAAUACGAUAGCCAAAAAACAUUUGCCAAGGCAAGGAACAUUGCGGUCUGUGUGGAAUUCCGGGAUUCGGAUGAAAGUAACGCUAGCGCUCUAAAGUGUAUCUAUGGAAAACCUGCAGGGUCUGUCUUUACCACAAACGCUUAUGCUGUUGUUUCGCAUCACAACCAAAAUCCAGAGUUCUAUGAUGAGAUAAAAAUUGAGCUUCCCAUUCACCUUCAUCAAAAACAUCAUUUGCUUUUCACUUUUUAUCACGUAAGUUGUGAAAUUAACACAAAGGGAACAACCAAAAAGCAGGACACAGUUGAAACUCCAGUUGGCUUUGCCUGGGUACCUUUACUGAAGGAUGGUAGAAUCAUCACAUUGGAGCAGCAGCUGCCAGUUUCCGCCAAUCUUCCCCCAGGCUACAUGAGUCUGAAUGAUGCAGAAUCCAGAAGGCAAUCAAAUGUGGAUAUUAAGUGGGUAGAUGGUGCAAAGCCUUUGCUGAAGAUCAAAAGCCACUUGGAGUCUACCAUUUACACUCAAGAUCUGCAUGUGCACAAAUUCUUCCAGCAUUGCCAGCUGAUUCAGUCAGGCUCGAAAGAAGUUCCUGGGGAGCUCAUUAAAUAUUUAAAGUGUUUGCAUGCCAUGGAGAUCCAAGUCAUGAUACAGUUUCUACCUGUAAUUCUUAUGCAACUCUUCCAAGUUCUCACAAACAUGACCCAUGAAGAUGACGUUCCUUUCAACUGCACCAUGGUUCUCUUACAUAUCGUAUCAAAGUGCCAUGAAGAAGGCUUGGAUAAUUAUUUAAGAUCCUUCAUUAAGUAUAGCUUCCGACCUGAAAAACCCAGUGCUCCUCAGGCCCAGCUGAUACAUGAAACUCUUGCGACUACAAUGAUAGCGAUACUGAAACAGUCUGCAGACUUUUUAGCAAUAAACAAAUUGCUCAAGUACUCAUGGUUUUUCUUUGAAAUUAUUGCAAAGUCUAUGGCCACAUACUUGCUGGAAGAGAAUAAAAUUAAGCUUCCAAGAGGCCAGAGGUUUUCUGAGGCAUAUCAUCAUGUCUUACAUUCACUGCUUCUUGCAGUAAUUCCCCAUGUGACUAUUCGCUAUGCAGAGAUUCCGGAUGAGUCCAGAAAUGUCAAUUAUAGUUUGGCUAGCUUCUUGAAGCGCUGUCUGACCCUAAUGGAUAGAGGAUUUGUUUUCAAUUUGAUAAAUGACUAUAUAUCUGGAUUCAGCCCCAAAGAUCCUAAGGUUCUGGCUGAAUACAAGUUUGAAUUUCUGCAAACAAUUUGCAAUCAUGAACAUUACAUUCCUCUGAAUUUGCCAAUGGCUUUUGCCAAACCUAAACUUCAGCGAGUUCAAGAUUUUUUUUCAUUUGCGGUGGACCGUUUGACUUCAGUAGAUUCAAAUCUUGAAUACAGUUUAUCAGAUGAGUAUUGCAAGCAUCACUUCUUGGUUGGUCUGCUUCUGAGGGAAACCUCCAUUGCUCUUCAAGACAAUUAUGAGAUCAGAUAUACAGCUAUCUCUGUCAUAAAGAAUCUUUUGAUAAAACAUGCAUUUGACACUAGAUACCAGCACAAGAACCAACAAGCCAAAAUAGCACAGUUGUACCUCCCAUUUGUCGGACUGCUUUUGGAAAAUAUACAGCGAUUAGCAGGUCGAGAUACACUGUAUUCUUGUGCAGCCAUGCCUAAUUCUGCAUCCAGGGAUGAGUUUGCAUGUGGCUUCACUUCACCUACAAAUAGAGGGAGUCUGAGCACUGACAAAGACACUGCUUAUGGGUCUUUUCAAAACGGACAUGGAAUUAAGAGGGAAGAUUCAAGAGGUUCCCUCAUCCCAGAAGGAGCAACCGGAUUUCCAGAUCAGGGCAGCACUGGUGAAAAUACUCGGCAGAGUUCUACAAGGAGUAGUGUAUCCCAGUAUAACCGAUUGGAUCAAUAUGAAAUCAGAAGCCUCUUGAUGUGCUAUUUGUAUAUAGUAAAAAUGAUUUCUGAAGAUACACUCUUAACUUACUGGAACAAGGUAUCUCCCCAGGAGCUCAUAAACAUUCUUGUACUUCUAGAAGUAUGUUUGUUUCACUUUAGAUACAUGGGGAAAAGAAACAUAGCAAGGGUGCAUGAUGCCUGGCUGUCAAAACACUUUGGAGUAGACCGAAAAUCACAAACCAUGCCAGCUCUCCGAAACAGAUCAGGAAUAAUGCAGGCCCGGCUUCAGCAUCUUAGUAGCCUGGAAAGUUCAUUUACACUUAAUCACAGUUCUUCAACAACUGAAGCAGACAUUUUCCAUCAGGCACUUCUUGAAGGAAAUACUGCUACGGAAGUUUCCCUAACAGUAUUAGAUACCAUAUCGUUUUUCACUCAGUGUUUCAAGAGUCAACUUUUAAAUAAUGAUGGCCACAACCCAUUAAUGAAAAAAGUAUUUGAUAUUCAUCUUGCUUUUCUUAAAAAUGGGCAGUCUGAAGUGUCGCUGAAACAUGUCUUUGCCUCACUGCGAGCGUUCAUUAGUAAGUUUCCCUCGGCUUUUUUCAAAGGAAGGGUAAACAUGUGUGCUGCGUUUUGCUAUGAGGUUUUAAAGUGCUGCACGUCAAAGAUUAGCUCAACCAGGAAUGAAGCCUCUGCACUUUUGUAUCUUCUGAUGAGAAACAACUUUGAGUACACCAAAAGGAAAACCUUUUUAAGGACACAUCUGCAGAUAAUAAUUGCAGUGAGCCAGUUGAUAGCAGAUGUAGCACUAAGUGGAGGAUCGAGAUUUCAGGAGUCUUUAUUCAUUAUCAAUAACUUUGCAAACAGUGACAGACCUAUGAAGGCAACUGCUUUUCCCUCAGAAGUCAAAGACUUGACCAAGAGAAUCCGUACUGUUCUUAUGGCCACAGCUCAAAUGAAGGAGCAUGAGAAGGACCCCGAAAUGCUAAUUGAUCUCCAGUAUAGCUUAGCCAAGUCCUACGCAAGUACCCCAGAGCUCAGGAAAACAUGGCUUGAUAGCAUGGCCAAGAUUCAUAUAAAAAAUGGAGAUUUUUCAGAGGCAGCAAUGUGUUAUGUCCACGUAGCAGCUUUGGUUGCAGAGUUUCUUCAUCGAAAAAAAUUAUUCCCUAAUGGAUGUUCAGCCUUCAAGAAAAUUACUCCCAACAUAGAUGAAGAAGGAGCAAUGAAGGAGGAUGCUGGAAUGAUGGAUGUCCAUUAUAGUGAAGAAGUUUUGCUGGAAUUGCUAGAACAAUGUGUGGAUGGCUUAUGGAAAGCAGAGCGUUAUGAAGUAAUUUCUGAAAUUUCCAAGUUGAUCAUUCCAAUUUAUGAGAAACGUCGAGAGUUUGAGAAACUUACUCAAGUUUAUAGAACUCUUCAUGGAGCUUACACAAAAAUUUUGGAGGUUAUGCACACAAAGAAAAGACUUUUGGGCACUUUCUUCCGAGUUGCCUUUUAUGGCCAAUCUUUUUUUGAAGAAGAGGAUGGAAAGGAGUACAUCUAUAAAGAGCCAAAGCUCACCGGCCUCUCAGAGAUUUCCCUGAGACUUGUUAAACUUUAUGGUGAAAAAUUUGGUACAGAGAAUGUCAAAAUAAUUCAGGAUUCAGACAAGGUAAAUGUCAAAGAGCUUGAUCCCAAAUAUGCUUAUAUCCAAGUCACUUAUGUGAAGCCCUACUUUGAUGAUAAAGAACUCACAGAAAGAAAAACUGAAUUUGAAAGAAACCAUAAUAUCAACAGAUUUGUUUUUGAGGCUCCUUAUACAUUGUCAGGCAAAAAGCAAGGUUGUAUAGAGGAACAGUGCAAACGCCGUACAAUCUUGACUACUUCAAACUCAUUUCCAUAUGUGAAGAAGAGGAUCGCUAUAAACUAUGAACAGCAGAUUCAUUUAAAGCCAAUUGAUGUUGCCACUGAUGAAAUAAAAGAUAAAACUGCAGAGCUGCAAAAGCUUUGUUCUUCUGCUGACGUGGACAUGAUUCAGCUCCAACUUAAAUUGCAGGGCUGUGUUUCAGUGCAGGUAAAUGCAGGUCCGUUAGCAUACGCAAGGGCUUUCUUAAAUGACAGUCAAGCUAGCAAGUAUCCGCCCAAAAAAGUAAAUGAGUUGAAAGACAUGUUUAGGAAGUUCAUCCAAGCAUGCAGCAUUGCACUGGAACUAAAUGAGCGGUUAAUUAAAGAGGAUCAGAUUGAAUACCAUGAAGGGCUCAAGUCAAAUUUCAGAGACAUGGUGAAAGAAUUGUCUGACAUUAUUCAUGAACAGAUAAUACAAGAAGACCCGAUGCAUUCUCCCUGGAUGAGCAACACAUUACAUGUAUUUUGUGCAAUUAGUGGUACAUCGAGUGAUCGAAGUUAUGGUUCCCCAAGAUACACUGCUGAAAUAUGAGGACAUGCAGAUGUCAAGUGACAACAAGACUGAACUUCUCAGGAAUAUUUGGAGCUGUGCAAAUGUUAAAAAUUUAAAGAUUUGUUAUACACGGAGUGUUUCCUCCUGACACCAAAACUUUCAUGCUUUCAUACAGGGUGCUUACAUAUUUGUAAAUAUUUAAGCAACUUGAAAGUGCCUGGAAAAUUGCACCACUGUGCUUAGUUUGUACUUUUUUAGGUAAAUCUAUAUACUGAGAAGUAGAGCUCAAAAACUUUCAUUCGAUUUGCUUAACUGUCGCUUAAAAUAUUAAUGGUACUGUGUAAAAUUGUAUAAUGGAACACAAUAAAAGGUAAAACUUCUUUGUAAUUAGAAGUAAAGGAAAUAAUACUUUGAACUUAGCAUUUUUCCUGACAGGAAGCUAAAUUCAUUAUCAUACUAAUCCUUGGAGAAUAAAUUGAUAAAAUUUUCACAAAACAUGGAUACUUCCAGCUGAGGAGAUAAUUUGAAACCUUGCCUUCCAGUGGUCUAGACUGGGCUAAAGGAAACAUACGCAUUAUGUGAAAAGGAAAUUUUCACAAAGAAAGGGUAUAUAUAGAAAUACCAGGCUUCCCAAUCCUUCAAGUUUUGAUCCAAUAAUGCUAGGUAUUCCAGUCAGUGGUCUCUCUAACAUACUAGGCAAGGGAUUCCUCUGUGGCUUAGGUUUGCCUAGCAAGCAGCCUUUGUUGCCAAAGCUUCAUCAGCUGAGGCUGUCCAUAAAGCUAAACAAACAUGUCUGAGAUUUGCAGUUACUUCAGAGUUUUAGCAGCAGAAUCUGAGGGUAGGGAUUUUGUAAUGAUGAUUUUCUUCAGUUUACAAAGUUAAUAAGGAUUUUGAUAGAACUUGAUGAUCACAGCAUUUCUUGGGUCAGUAUAUAUAACCACCACAUAUUUAGCAGCUGCUGGCUAAGGAUUACAUUUCUAACUAUGAAGAAACCUCAGAUUAACUAAAUAAUUCAGGAGAAACCAAGAUGUGAAGGACAUUUUUAGCUUAAACUAUCCAUAAAAUUUUGGCUGCCUUUCAUGUAAACAUUAAGUCCUAGAUUUAUUUUUCAUAUGUAGUUUAGCCUAUCUUAUAGACAUUUUUUUAAAAACCCAGAAAACAGACACUGAAAUCUAAGUGGGUUGCAUGGAGCUUUGGCUUUUUAAAUACUCUGUGAUCAAGUAAAUCUUAGAGCUUCUUAUGCACCUGGCUUGGGCAUAUUUCUUUACAUGUCAUUUUUAAGCAUUCAGGGGAGCAUGAAAUUACCUAUAAAAGAUUAAUUUUGUAUUUUAAUAAGGGAUUCAGAAAUUCCAGAAGCAGUCAGUAAUUCCUUAAUAUCUUGAAGUCACGUGAAGAGUUAGUUUCACCUUUAAAACUAUUAUAUGUAGUACAUAUAUGUAAAAAAACCUGUCACCCAGAGAGAGUGCUGCCUUCUGAGAAUGAGGUGUCUUGGGGAAACUUGAGUGCUCUUUUGUUAAUGACCAGUCCCUAUCCUAUCCCCCAGUAUAUACUAUGCCCUGUGGGUCAUUUUAAAAAGUGUAACAAAUGACCCCUGCCCUCAAGGAAGUUGCAGUCUAGUUGAGGAGGCAAGAUAGACAUGAAAUUAAAUAAUACAAGAAUUAACAAUAAUAAGACAAGAUAAGUUGUCUCUGAGGACUGCCAAAUGAAUGACACUGUCCAUAACUCAUAUCAUAUUCAAGGAAUGAGAAGCUACUGUGAAUGUUAAUGUUCAGGGAUGACUUCAUGAAAAGUAAGCCUUGAACAGACUUUCAAAGAUGAGAAGCUAAUCUAGGCAGGAAGACCAUCACACUCAAAGUUGUAGAAAGAUUUUGUACCAGUUUCGUUCAAGGGAGUAAAUGCUAAAUCUAGAAAGACAAUUUAGACCUAGAUAUUGGAAGGCCUUGAAUACCAGGAUAAUAGUAUUUUGACUUUAAUCAAUGAACAGGAGGAGACCAGUCAAGAUUUUUGAAUGGAGAGAUUACUUGACUAAAUAUUAUUUUUAUGAAUGUAAUCCUUUAUAUUGCUGCCAGAUACCUUUGAGUCUGAGAGAGAUGGACAUAUGGAAACCAGUUAGAUAGUUAUUGUAGUAAUCUAAUUAUGAGUCCAUAAGCCCAUAGAUGUGAACAAGAAUGGAGAAGAAAGGACAAGUGCCAGAGAUACUAUGUAGAAAGAUCGGGCAUGACCUAUUGAUGGCUAAGGAGAAAAAAGGAAAAGGUAAAGAUAAUUUUGUGUCCUGUGGCCAAUGAGUUCUCCAGGUAAUGGCAAAAUUUUAUGGGAUUAUUUUCACCAGCUUCCAAACUGAGGGUAGAAAGGUAUAUAGAGAGAACACGGUGGGUUAGACUAGAGAAAGCCAGCUAAGUAUGCCUUGAAAUACUGUAUAUGUUAGGUAUUACUGUUUCUAUAGUUUAAUGAUUUCAUGAAGUGAUUUAGCCUCUACAGAUGAAUUCACAUCAAAGAAUACAUUUCUGCUAUACUAAUUAUUUUUGCAAUUAAGCUUGACUCCAGGUUCCCUGGAAAUACUGUUUUGAUAGUCUUUGAAUAGCUUGUAAAAUGUGAAUAAAGUCACCAUUAGUAGUGUUAGCUUAUCACAAGAAUGAUAACCCAUAGAGAAAGUAAGCAAUUCCAUGCAGAUAUUCUGAGUAACCAGUACACCAAUGGGAUCAUGUCCAUAGAUGGUAUUGUUAUUGUUACCAUAUUUAUAUGAAUUGACUGCAUAUAUAAAUACUGUAAGUUUCUUUUUAAAAAUGAAACAGCAGCAGUGGUAGCAACAGCCUUGGAACCGUGACCAACAUAUCGUAGAACUAGAGAUGACUGACUGGUUAAUUAAUAACUAAAUAGGUCAGCAUCAUAAAGACCUAAGCCUUUAAUUAUAAAUACUAGUUUAUCUAUAAUGCAGAGCCUGAGCAAUGUAUUGAAAUCUUAGGAAUUUCCUAACUCUUGAAAACCUUAAUAAUGAGAUACAUAUUUCAGGCUUCUCUUACACAAAAUGGUGGGCUACCUUCAGUCUUCUACUAACAGUACACUACUUCAGCUAUCAGAACACAGGGAGAGGAGUAGAGUAAAAGACGAUUAGGGGUGGGGCUGGGUCUGUACCACAGGGCUAUUCCCCUGUCCUGGGAAGUGGCCAGUAAGAGUGCUUUGUUCAUCUUGUUCCAGUGACAAUGCUUUCUUUCUAGUCCUUAGCCACAUAAUGGUUCCUCUAAGAAAAGUGUAUAUGUACGUUUAUCCAACUCCAGAUUGACGUUGCAACUAAAUUCUUCAAAGAUUGUGCCUUUGUGUAUGGCAUCUUAAGACUUUUUCCAACAUACUUUCUUGUCUUCUCUUUUCCUCUUUAUUAAGCUGUAAUUUGUACACCAUGCAAUUCACCCAUUUAAAACUCAAAUUCAGUAGCUUUUAGUAUAUUCACAGUUGUGUGACCAUCACCACAAUUCAUUUUAGAAUAUUUUCAUCACUUCCAAAGGAAACCCUAUACUCAUUAUCUGUCACUCCCAUUGCCCACCAACCAGUCCCCAGCCCCUGACAAUCAGUAAUCAACUUUUCUGUAUCUAUAGAUUAGUAUUUUAGACAUUUCUUAUAAAUGGAAUCACAUACUGUGUGGCCUUCUAUGACUAGCUUCUUUCAUUUAGCAUGAUAUUUUCAAGGUUCAUCCAUGUUGUAACUUGUAUCAGAAUUUCACUCCUUUUUAUGGCUGGAUAAUAGCUCCUUUUGCAUGAAUAUGUCAUAUUUUGUUUAUCAGUUAAUGAACAUUUGGUUUAUUUUUGCUUUUCGGCUAUUGUUGAUAAUGUUGUUGUGAAUAUUCACCUACAAGUUUUUCUAUGGAUAUGUUUCAUUUGUCUUGGGCGUAUACCUAGGAGCUGAAUUACUGGGUCAUAUGGUAACUAUGUUUAAACUUUUGAAGAACUGCCAGACUCUUUUCUACAGUAGUUGCACCACUUUGCAGUUCCCAGCAGCACUAAAUAAGCAUUCUAAUUUCCCCAUAUUCUCAACAACACGUUAUUAUCUGCCUCUUUGAUUAUACCUUCCUAGUAGGUGUGAAGUGGUAUCUCAUUGGGGUUUUUGUUUGCAUUUCCCAAAUGGUUAAUGAAGUUGAGCAUUGUUUCAUGUGUUUGUUGACCAUUUUUAUAUCUUGUUUGGAAAUAUGUCUAUUCAGAUUCUUUACCCAUUUUUAAACACUGGUUUCUCUGUUGAUCA